AUGUCUUCGAAAAGUAAUAUUACCAAACGCGGCACCCCCCGGCGCCGCAAGAUUGCGCUAGCUUGUGAACCUUGUCGCGAUAAGAAGGUACGGUGCGACGGGGAGAAGCCGAUCUGUGGACCUUGUUCUCGACGAUCCUAUACGAUCGAGCAAUGUGUUUACAAAAUCGACAAUGCACGUUCUGCGAGCAAUGAUGCAUACCUCAAGGUUCUGCAUGAUCGAAUACGUGAGCUGGAGGAAACAUGCGCCCGCAAUGGGGUCUCUAUUCCCCGAGCGUCAUCCAAUGAGGUUGAAGAGGGACAAAGCAGAGGGCCAAGUACUUCUCAAGAGCCACAGUUAUCAUCCAAUGCACUAGAUACGGAGACCAGGACUUCUGUUGCGGCGGAAGGGCUUCUUGGACUGGGCUCGACUGCACCCUUGGCUGCCUUUCGACAGCCUUCUUUAGCGGCAAUUUUAUCACCACCAGCUCCGCAUCCACAGGCAGGUAGAUCCUCCAUGCACCCCAGUCAUGCCAAUAGAAGACAAUCUGAGCAUGUAUUUGGAACUCCACGUGAGAGUUCGAGUUCCGGCAAUGUGUAUCCAUCACCGUCGCUCAACUCACAUGGAAACGUCACGGCCAUGGGGGCAAUUUCCGCAGGCGACGAUGGUGAAUGCACCGAUUCUCCUCGAGAUCAAUAUUAUGGAAACUCAUCUGUAGCUUCCUUCAUGCGUCUGGCCGGUGACUCUAUUCCCAUCCGCUCAUAUUUGCAGGCCCUGAAGCGCAUGGAGGGUGAGACCCCGGGUACCUCAUACCGAGAUGCAGGACUGUGGCGUGAUAUCAACUUUCCGACCACUGGUCUUCAGUUCGAUGACUUUUCCCUACCCCCUCGACCCUUGGCAGACCAUCUCUUGGAAUGCUAUUGGGACCGAGUGUACUGUCUGUACCCCUUUUUCCAUCGUCCCAGCUUUGAACAGGCCUAUGAGAACCUUUGGGGGUCAAGUAAAUGGCCCAAGCCAGAGUUGCCUGAACUUAAUGUCGGCCUCGGAGGAACUUUUGACUCCGGAAACCAGUCGAUUGUGUUUCACUGCGCACUCAACGCGAUAUUCAGUCUCGGUUGUCAUUUCUCUGACAUCCCUGCCGCAGAGAGGGAGGCUGCCGCAUACUCAUUUUUCCUCCGGUCCAAACGAUUCGUUGGCCUUGACCUUUUAGAUAUCGGUACUAUAGGUGUUGUGCAAACACUUUUGAUAAUCUCGCUGCUGCUUCAAAGUACGCCAUAUCCAAAUCGCUGCUGGAAUGCGAUCGGUGUUGCGUGCCGGGUCGCACUAGGUCUGGGCUUGCACGAAACAACAACACAAUCUUCGAUUAGACCUCUUGAAAGGGAGAUUCGUCUUCGAACGUGGCAUGGCUGCGUUAUCAUGGAUAUGAUUGUGAGCAUGACCUUUGGUCGACCCAGUAUGACGUCCCACGUCUCGCCGGCACCUCUUCCUGUAAUGGCCCCUCAAUCUCAAUCAGAUGACCCAUGCGAUCUCAGCGGCCAAUCGUGUGAUCACCAACUUGGAUAUAUGACAUUCUACGUCUCCACGAUUGAGCUGUAUAAAAUUCUCGAGUCUAUUCUAUCGGACAUUUACAAUGCUUGGCAGAGCCACUCGAAUAUUCAUCGCCCCGCAUCACUUCGAGACUCGAAGCACAGCAGUCUGGAUGUUAUCAUGGAGCUUGAUGAUAAGCUAUCUUCAUGUGAAGCAAAUGUCCCGCCAGUCUUAAAUUGGACAAACAGAGCAACCUCCCGUGGAUCGACCACUCAGCAAGGAUCGCUCUUCGAGCGCCAGCGGAACGUGCUUCGUGCAAGGUACUAA